AUGAUUCCAUGCAUAUGUACAAAAUGUACAGAAUUAGAAUUAAAAGUAAUGUUAUUUAACACAGUUUGGUCAGAUUUGAUUAUUAAACCAAACGAUGCCUUAUUGACACGUGAUCAAUACCGAUCGUUUAUUGCAUCAUGUACCGGACAAUCAGAUACAAAAGUCAUUAGCUGGAGAACACCACAACAAACAGAAGUGCCAGAAAAUGAUGCUGCUAGAGUGACAAUUGAACGACAAACAUAUGGUUUAAGAUUAAGGAUACGAAAUUUAACCAUUGAAGAUCAAGGAAAAUGGGAAUGUGUUGGAGCUAAUAUGGAUGGUAUAAAAUAUUCAAAACAAUUUCAAAUGAAUAUUAAAGUUCCAAUCACAUUUCAUGGUGAUUCAAUUCAAUAUGCUCCAUUAGGACAACAAGUUACCAUUAAAUGUCGAGUACAUGCAAAUCCAUCUGCUGAAGUAUCGUGGUUUAAAGGACAAGAUAAAACAAGAAUUGGUAAUUUUUAUUCAUAUAGUUCUAAAAAAUAUGAUUGUCAUUUGAAUUGUAUUUUUAAUAUUGUAGCCAGUCAAAAUUAUGAGAAAACAAGUGAUGGUCUAAGAAUAAAUAGAGUUGAUAUGGCUGAUAAUGGUACAUUUUGGUGUCGAGCAGAUGUUUUAGAAACAGGAGAAUCGAGAGAUUUUGAAAUUAUCGUUGUUGCAUCGGAAUCUGUUACACAUCCAAGAAUUCAAUGUUCAUCACCAUGUGCUAUUGAAAAGAAAACGGCUACAUUAGUUUGUGAAGCAUCAGGUUUACCAGCAACAAAAUAUCAAUGGUUUUAUGGAAACGCAGAUAAAUUACGAGCGGUUAUAGAUUCUCCUGUGGGUGCAAGUGAAGUACCAAAAUUUGUUGUUCGUGGUAAUCAAUUGACAAUAAAUUAUGUUGACGAAACCGAUAAUGGAAAAUAUACAUGUCAUGCAAGUAACGAUUAUGAUAAAGUAGGACAAAAAACAGAAUAUAUUCUUAAUGUUAUUGUUCCUCCCAGAUUAACUCCGAUACCAGAAAUUGAAAUAGAGCUCACUGAUCGUGAAUCACAUCGUGCCGUAUUUCAAUGUCGGGUCGAAAGAGGCUCAGCUGAAAGUUUAUCAUUAGAAUGGCAGUAUAUGAAUAAUACACCUAUACAGUUUGAAAAAUAUAAGUUAAUUGAAUUACGCUUCGAUCCAAUAAGACGCGAACAUUUUGGAAAUUAUUCAUGUGUAGCAAAAAAUUUGGCCGACACAACAUUUGUUAUUGCAAGUCUUCUUGUUAGAUUUCCACCCCUUUAUAUUGGACCAAAUAUUCAAGCUGUAUCGUCGAUUCCAGGCUACCGUGCUGUAAUGAAAUGUCAAUUUGAAUCUUAUCCUGCACCAGUAAUUCAAUGGAUAAAAAUGAUACGCACUGUUCAAGACCCGGAAGGUCGAUUAUUAACAUCGGAUAUUGAUCACGGUGUAAAUGAUAUCACAACAAAACAAAUUGGAUCAACAUUAUGGGAAACGAUUCUAUCGUAUACUCCUGAUGAACGUGAUUUUGGAUUGAGUUUUGAAUGUCGUGCACUUAAUCCAAAAGUUGGCCGUCAUUCCAUUACAUUACAAAAAGCUGAACCACCGCGUGCCGUUUAUCCUACUGAAGCAAAGCCAUUAGCAAAUGCUAUUGAACUUGUUGUAAGUCCUCCAGAAACAGGUGGCCUACCGUUAGUUAAUUAUAUCGUUAAAUAUGAACAAAUUGGAGUCAAUCAACCAGAUUCAAUAAAAACACUAAAAUUUCCGGUUCAAACAAUGAAUGGUCAACAAGUUCAAACUCUUCGUAUCGAUAAUUUACAACCAAGUACUUCCUAUAACAUCAAUAUUUUGGCUGAAACACGUGCUGGUAUUGGUCAAGCAAAAUCUCCAAUACGUUUAAAAACACUUGAUCGUCAAAUUCCACAAUUUAAACUACUAUCCACUCCACCUGAAGAACAAUCAUGUAUGGAUGAUCGAAAAUGUUUAGUUAAAUGGUCAAUUGAAUCGGAUGGUGGUGCACCAAUAUUAAAAGCAGAUAUUUUAUAUGCAAUAGCAAAAAGUGGUAAUGAUUUAGAAAUUAUGGGCACAUUUAGUGACCCACAAUUGAUCGAUCCAUUAAAAACAGAAUAUGAAAUUGUAAAUUUACAACCAGAUACAAAUUAUAUUAUUGUCGUGAAAUUGUAUAAUGAAGCGGGAGUAUCUGAACAAAAAAUUCGAAAACAAACAACAAAAGCAAGAAUUGAUAAUAUUUAUUCUACAAUAAAAUCCCAUAUGAAAAACUAUCGUUCAGAUCAACCAUCGAAAUGGGCUAUAGUUGGCAUUGUAUUUGGUAUUGUAUUUGUAGCAUUGUUGGUUAUAGUAAUAUGUGUACUCAUUCGAAUGUGUCGAACAGAUACAAGAAAGACAAAGGGAAGUGACAUGGAUCGUCAAACACAACCAAUGAUGAAUGGAGAAAAUCAUUCGGAUGAUUCAAAAACAAAUAAUGGUUAUAGAAAUGGUCGUUCACCAUCACGAAAGAGACAAAAACGUCGGAAUCCUGCUCGUAAUUCUCGAUUUUCUCCAUCAGAACUCAAAUUUUGA